CAUUGCUAUUUCAUUCUAAGCAGGUGUGAAAGCCAAAAGCUUGAUAUUGAAAUAAGGAGUCUGAUACAGAAGAGUAACACUUGCCAGCCCGGUGAGGACUCCAAACCUGUUGCCCAAGAGAGUGCAAACCCUCAGGGAACUUAAUGUUCACUUAAGAUCCAUAGUGAAGCAAAUGCUCAAGGCCGUCUUGGAUGCGGAUGGGCAGGUGUGAGUGACAUGGAAGUCCCAGCAAACCCACUAGAAGUAAGUGACUGUUUUGAUUGUUCUCUGAAAUGCCACCUGAUUAAUAGGAACAGCUUGAACAGAUAUCAUACAUUGAGAGACCCAACUGAGUUAACACUAAUAGAGAGUUUGCCCAGGAUCAUUAAGAGUUUCCGCUGCAGUCACAGCAGUGAAGCUUGGAGGUGGGAAGAGGCAACUUCAAGGUGCUGUACCUUUCGGGAUCCUUUGUUGGCUUGCCAUAGUCUGUCACUUGCUUUUCAGCUAGUUGAAAUGAAAUCAAGACUGGAUGUGUCAGAGAAGAAAGUUACUGAACUGGAGGAAAAGAGGCACCAACAACAUCCAGAAGAUGAGAGAUUGCAAGCCCUGGGCAGAGAGCAGUCACUGCAGGAAAUGAAAGAAACAAAAGUCCUUAGUGAAGCUCUCCAUGAAAUGAAGGAAGAGAACAGGCUCCUGAAGCAGAAGAAUGCCUCAAUAAUGAGAAAGAAAGAACCCUAUGAGUGUGAAGUAAGUCGUCUCAAUAAGCCCAUUCUGGGUGUGUUGAAAAAGCAGGACACACCUGUACUUGGGACUCCUUCUGAGAUGGGUGGCAGAAACAGCCUUGAGGACAUGAGAACCCAACUUGAAGUUCUCAGACACCAGGUAAGGGUGGCUGGAAGUAAGCCUAGACAGAUUUCAGACAGCAUAUUUUUGCCUUUUCUCCCAAGAACUGUGCCGGGUGGACUCACUAGUGUCUAUGAAGUCCAUAUUGCUGUAAUAAUGUUUUAUUGUUCUGUGCAGCCAGACUAUCAGUGGUAUGUUACUGACCAGUUUCCGCCAGAUGUGCAGUGCAAGGCAAAUGAUUCAUCCUUGGAGAAGGGAGGCCAUCAGUGACAGCCUAUGACCUGGAGAAGUGUAGACCAAAGGCUGCGAGCUAAUCUUGCAGCUUAAUUAUUCUGUUUUGUUCUGGUUUUUUUUUUCCCUAGCUCCUUAUCCCUUCAGUGCAUGUUAUUUAUGACAGGUGAAAUCCCUGCAAGGACAAUAGAAAAGCAGAUCAUAAAGGCUUGUGAUAUUCAGGAUCCAGUAAUACUCUGCUGGCAAGUGUUAUUGCCCUUUGUUCUGAAGAUGCUGUUUGUGCUGUCUAUGAGAAUCUGUUAAAAACCCUCAUGAGAAAAUAUGCGGCUGUUGCUGGGGAUUCAGAGACUGUCAAAUAUGGUUUGAAUUCAAGAGCUUGUAAGCCAAAUAAUAGUGUUGUGAUACUUUUUUGUUUGUGAAUUAGUCUUUUUUUAUUGGAUUCCAGGGAAUGAUUUGUUGACAUACCAUCUUGAAUUCUGUGUCCUUUUUCUUAGUUGUUUAGUAAAAAGGAAAUCUACCUCACUGUUUUAAUAUGUUUUUGUGAUUAUCAGCAAGGUAGCACCAAUGGCAGGCCAGGUUGAAAGUGCCUGCUCCCCUUUUCCAGUCAAGCCCAGCUCUCCUUUUGUUUUGGAUCCACAAUGACAUGAAAAAUGUGUUCAGCGGUGCUGCUUUUGCCUACACAGAUCAAAGAAAUGACACUCCUCACUUUAUAAUAUAGACUAAGAAAGAACACAAGCAAAGCAGUGAGUGAAGCGGCCCCUGGAAAGAGUUUGUUUUUUCAUGAACUAUUGAAAAUUAUAGUCUGACUGCAACAUCAGCUGCAGAAUAGACUCCCAAGUCUCUUUUAGAGAGGAGUUUUUAUCUCUGCAUGAAUUCAGAGCUGGCUUGCAGACGCUAUAGCAGCAGAUAGUUUAACCAGCAGACAAUGUAAGUGUGCUAUUCCUGAUUAGUGAUUUGGCUAAUAAGGGUGAGAUCAUGGAAAAUGCUAAUGUGGUGCCUUCAGAAAAUCCAAUUAUACUGUAACCUAAUUCGAUAUGAGCUCUCAGCAGGUGAUCAAUGCUGUGGACAGAACACCCUGCACUCAAAUAUGUCAUGAACCCUCAAAACAGACGAGCUUCUGUGUGGUUGAUGUGGGAGGCAACAAAUCCCCCUCUCAUUCAUUUCCACUGUUUUCCACAACUGGCUGCAAAGGUUGGCGCCUUCCAUUUGUGGCACUUAAUUCAUUAUCUGUCAACUUGUGCAAGCAUUAUUUGGCCCAAGCAGAUGAUUUAACAUGAGUGUUUCACAGUAAGAAAAUAGAGUUUACAGGUUUAUCUUUCUUUUUCUCUGUUUAGUCACAGGCUUUUAAUGUUUAGCUGGCUUAGGCACAGGACCAUACACUCUGACACACACAAAUCCUAAUCCUGCUAAGUGUGGGGUAUGCUUUGUAUUAUAUGAUAGAGAAUUUUUAUCUUUUAAAAUGCAUAUAAAACACCUGUACAGUAGAUUUUCCUCUUGAUUUUCUUGUAAUGAUGCAUGUUUCCCAAAUGCAGGUGCUCUCAUCUAUUUGAAUUAACAUUGUCAGACUCAAACACCCCCAAAGGAUAUGCCCUCUGCAGUGACCCAGACAAGUUUGAGGGGGUGAGUUAUUUUAGUUAAAUUUAAACAAAGGACUCAUAUCAGGCAUUUUUACUUCCUUGAGCUUAGCCAAAACUGGUUAUUUGAACUACCAGGUCUUCCUCUGACCUGUUAAAGAAGCUGUCUGGCAUUUCCCAGUCUUUGCUACAUAUUUUAUUUUCCAGAUUCUUUCUAUGUAGCUUUUUCUGAUAUUUUCGUGUAUCAGUGGUGAGUGGAUCGAUUUCACAGUAAGGGCUAAUGUGUCUGUGAAAGACCUUCUCUUUUUUUUCUUUCUUUUCUGGUACGAACCAGUCAGGGUUUGGGAAUAUUGGAAUUCAUAUGAAUGUUAUAAGAGGAGCAAUUAAUACACAGAGAGUAACUUUCUUUUCAUACCAGAACAGGCAUUUAUUUGAAUACCCAAACUUGUAACAGCAGUAAUGAGCUGCACUCGUGGUUUGCGUCCCUGCUAUUUCCUCACUCACAGUGGCUUGGGAAACAAGGCAAGCAUAAAGCGUUUCUCUAUCAAAACUUUUCAACAGUUUAAGUGGAUGUUUUCACUUAUCUAGCAGAAAGACUUACAUGUCCUCUGUGCUGGCCAGUCUGCCAUCUGGUAAGAUGUGUAAGGAGUGCUUGACUUGUAUCUGUAUGUGACUAUGCUCUAAGUACUUGAUUGUCAUAGUAAAAAUGCUUACAAGGUGACAAACUUUUAGGAAUGUGAUAAGGAACUGGCCAAUAAUGAAGGUGAUUACUCAGAUGGGGGUCCAGGCAUGGCUUGCAACCAGCUCUUGGAAAACCUUUUAUUAUUUCUGGUGGGAGUACACGUGUUGAUACAAGUUUGUACAUAUUCUGAAUGGUGAGUUGUGAAAUCUGAUAAACAGACAAAAUGAUAUUAAAUAACAGAUUCUAGAGAACUUAUUAUGUAUGUUUUGGCUUAUGUUUCUCUUUCUGUAGACUUUUCUUACGAACUGAACUUUUUCCAUUUGGUUGCAGUGUUACAUCCAAACAUGCCGUGGAGAAAUGUUCAUUUCUGUGAAUGAGAGCAAGUUUUCGUCAUGGUAAAUUAUCUGCUUGCAAUAUUAUUUUACGUUAUUUUCAACACACCAUGCUGGGUUGACUAAAUGAUGUUUUGAUUACCGUAACAAUAAUUAUCCAACAUUAAAAUAAGAGCACAUUUGAAUUCAUGGAGUCAUUAACACAAAGAGGUACUCAAAAGCUUGGGGUCUUUUGGUGAAUUUUUGUCCCAUACU